ACAUGGUGAGCGGAGCUCUGCGCUAUUAUAUUCUGACUGAACUGCCGACAUACCUGAUACCUACCGCACCGUCUACACUGCACCCAGCGCCUGUGUCCGCAUAUCCGCUUCAUCCUGAUCCAGAACCGCGCCGGUAAGACCCGCCUGGCCAAGUGGUACAUGCAGUUUGAUGAUGACGAGAAGCAGAAGCUUAUAGAGGAGGUUCACGCUGUGGUGACCGUGCGAGACGCCAAGCACACCAACUUCGUGGAGUUCCGGAAUUUUAAGAUCAUCUACCGCCGAUACGCCGGCCUCUACUUCUGCAUCUGCGUGGACGUGACGGACAACAACCUGGCCUACCUGGAGGCCAUCCACAACUUCGUAGAGGUCCUGAAUGAAUAUUUCCACAAUGUCUGUGAGCUGGAUCUGGUCUUUAACUUCUAUAAGGUGUACACGGUUGUGGAUGAAAUGUUCCUGGCCGGAGAGAUUCGGGAAACGAGUCAAACAAAGGUUCUGAAGCAGCUGCUGAUGCUGCAGUCCCUGGAGUGACCUGUGACCCUGCUUCCGACAUGUGCGUGCCCCCGGACCGCUCCUCGUGCUCCGCAGGCGCUGUGUUAUCCCCGCCCUCUGCCCCUCUCAUCAUGGACAACAGAUUAUUCUUUUCUUUUUGUUUUGUACAUUCUAAAUGUGAAAUAAAUAAAUGUUCCAAGUA